UGACCCACACCAACCUUUUCGCUCCUCUCUUAUCUCUUCGCCUCUUCUAACGAGAGACCGAGAACGGAAGCGGAGCAGAUAGCGAAGAGGGAAAGAGAGAAGGAUAUGGCGCUUCAAGCACCGGCGGGACUGAGCUCCACCGUCGCGCCCUCUCGGACGAGCAUUCCACCGCCACUGUUGUCGUCACCUCCCAGCCACGCAGGCCUGCGCGGCCCUUCAGACCGCUACGCCCUCCGCUCCGCAUUCUUCUCUCCCUCCUUACAACUCCUGCUGUCGGCGCCGAGCCGAGGCCCCGCCGCGGCGCCGCGGUUCUCCAUGCGCGUGGUGUCCAAGCAGGCCUACAUCUGCCGCGACUGCGGCUAUAUCUACAACGAUAGGACUCCAUUUGAGAAGCUGCCUGACAAGUAUUUCUGCCCCGUUUGUGGUGCUCCUAAAAGGAGAUUCAGGGCUUACGAACCAGCAGUAGCCAAGAACGCUAAUGACGCCGACGUCCGUAAGGCAAGGAAGGCACAGAUCAAAAAAGAUGAAGCCAUCGGGCGAGCAUUACCUGUCGCUAUAGCGCUCGGAGUUGCAGGGUUGGCUGGCCUUUAUUUCUACCUCAACAAUGUCUACUAGUCUGUUCAAACACAAGCAUGGCUCGGGCAAGAAGCAAUACACUGCAUAACUUUCAAGGCUCUUUUUCUUGGUUCAAUCGAAGGUUCCUAUGUUUCUGUAACUAUAAGAAUUCUGCUUCCAGUGUCAGAUUUUGUUUGUCAAACAGUGAGAUAAGUAAACGCCAGUUCUCAAAACCAUUCAGAUACAA